CACAGAGAUCUCGCUGGAUGGGAAGCUGAUGGAGCUGACGAUGCUCCGGGACCCUGUUCUUAGUUACUGGCCUCUUCAGAAUCACAGCUAAGUCUUUUCUGAAAAGGAGAAAUUAUUUUAACAAAUCCCGCUAUCCUUCACAUGAGAGCUUUUGGAAGAAUCGAGGGUGAAGUGGAAGAUAUGCUUUAGGUGCAGUGUGGAGACUUUCCCCACCUCUUAGUAUAUGGCCCAUCAGGUGCUGGAAAAAAGACAAGAAUUAUGUGUAUUCUACGUGAACUUUAUGGUGUUGGGGUGGAAAAACUGAGAAUUGAGCAUCAGAGUAUCACAACUCCAUCUAAAAAAAAAAUUGAAAUCAGCACCAUUGCAAGUAACUACCACCUUGAAGUUAAUCCCAGUGAUGCGGGAAACAGCGACCGGGUUGUCAUUCAGGAGAUGCUGAAGACAGUGGCACAGUCACAACAGCUUGAAACCACCUCACAAAGAGACUUCAAAGUGGUAUUAUUGACAGAGGUGGACAAACUCACAAAGGACGCUCAGCAUGCCUUGCGCAGGACCAUGGAGAAGUACAUGUCCACCUGCAGGCUGAUCUUGUGCUGCAAUUCCACGUCUAAGGUGAUCCCCCCGAUCCGAAGCAGGUGCCUGGCAGUCCGCGUGCCUGCUCCCAGCAUCGAAGAUAUUUGCAGUGUACUAUCCACAGUCUGCAAGAAGGAAGGUCUGGCUCUUCCUUCGAAAUUGGCUCAUAGGCUGGCCGAGAAGUCGUGCAGAAACCUCAGGAAAGCCUUACUUAUGUGUGAGGCCUGCAGAGUGCAACAAUACCCUUUUACUGAAGACCAAGAAAUCCCGGAGACAGACUGGGAGGUGUAUCUGAGGGAGACUGCAAAUGCUAUUGUCAGUCAGCAGACGCCACAGAGGCUCCUUGAAGUCCGUGGAAGGCUCUAUGAGCUUCUCACUCAUUGUAUUCCUCCCGAGAUAAUAAUGAAGGGCCUGCUCUCAGAACUCCUACAUAACUGUGAUGGGCAGCUGAAAGGGGAAGUGGCACAGAUGGCAGCCUAUUAUGAGCAUCGACUACAGCUGGGCAGCAAAGCCAUUUAUCAUUUGGAAGCAUUUGUGGCAAAGUUUAUGGCACUUUAUAAGAAAUUCAUGGAGGACGGACUGGAAGGCAUGAUGUUCUAACUCAGUCAGCAGCUUCUCCAAGCAUGGCAGGUGCCUUGUUUAUAUAAAUUUAUGUUGGAACUUUGGAUACAAUAAACUAGCUUUAUCUAGUAAUGCA